AUGCUCACCCGACAGGUGGCAGAGGUUGGCGGUUGGCUGGUGAAAUAUGGUUCUGCAGCUGCGCUGGACUCGGCGUUGGACGCAGACCCUUGUCUGUGCCACAAGUACAUUGAGCAGGGCGAGGUCUUGAUCCAGCAGAAGAAGGCCAAUCCAACGAUGCGGCUGGGUAAGCACAAUGAUCUACAUCAGCGUGAGUCGGUGGAUGUCACGGAGGAAAAACGCCAGGGCUUGCGCAAGCCGAAACGAAAAUUCAUGCAGAUUGAGGUUUAUGAGAAAAAGUUUGGAGCGGCCGACCCCAACAAAAUCAAGGUCCAGAAGAUCGACGGGGAGACGAUCCGGGGGGUCGACAUCAUCGAAGAGGACGACAUCGGGGUGUUUGAGUACAUCGAUGAGACGGUGAACUCUGUGCAGCGACGCACUGGGCUUUCAGACGCAGAUGUGGUGCUGUCGGCGGACCAGAACGACAUUAUAUUUAAUGCAACAGCAAAGCAUAUGUCCAUUGCCCCGAAGGACGAUGCAUCUUGCGUCCUUAUCAAUGGCAUCACACCGUCUUCGGCAUCUGCAUCGGCAACACCUGGUGCUGCAAAGGACACAGUCGUCGACAAUGAUGAUGAGGACGGCGGCUCGGAUGACGAAACCUUUCAGCCCUUUGCUGCGUUGUUCGGCCGCCUGAAAACCGUGCAUCAGGCAGCCAAGAAGGCCACGACCAUUCCGAAGGCGGCGGGCAAGGCAGCAGCGUCGUCAACCCCAAGUUGCAAGGCCAAACCGUCAAAGAAGCGCGCCGGGCAACCAUCAGAUGCUUUUGAGUCCAUCGGCCGGGCACCUCGGGGUGGUGGCGCUGGUGAUCUUCCGCACGCUGCGCAUGUGGACAUAACGCCAGACGAUCAAGACGUGGUUGACAAGUACCAGACACGGCUGGAUGACAUGAAAGUGCUGGAGGCGGCAUCACAUGAUGAGGCUGCGUUCACACAGUGGGCGAAGGACAAAGUUGCAUCGUUGCAGGAGCUCAAGCAGCAGAUUUACACGAAGAAGAAGUCCUUGAAGCGACGCAAGGAAAACACAAGCGAGCUCGCUUCAGCUCUGGACGGUUUGACGGCUGAUUGCAACAAGUUAAACGAUUUGUUGAAAAAGCUUUCGGCUGGAACAUCGGAGGGCCGCCAGCUGGUUGAGAUGAUUGAAGGCAUGCCGGACGUGACGCCUGGGCCGGCAAUAUGGAUGCGUGCGAUCCGGGCUUUGGCUUUCGCAAACCUGAAGGUGAUGGAAUGGCAAAGCUUUUUCACGGAGACCUACUUGUUAUGCGAGAAGCAUGCGGAUGCAGGUUUCUUUUCGUUGUUGGCUUCCCAGCUUCUUCAGAGAAUGGUCAAGGCCAUCCCUUGUGGCAAAGCAUUGACAUGCGAUUCGAUUGCAACUGUGAGGGCUUUCCUUGAUGAGCUCUCGGCUGUCGACAACAUCAGCAAGACUCUGACCGCCGAUGUGGAUCUGGAGCAGCAUAGGGGGUUGAUCAAUGAUCUAAGGACAGUCCUUGAUUUCAGUGCAUCCCCGUCUUCUGUUGAGGCAGCAAUUGCAAGAGCCAAGAGCCAUGAAACUCAUUGGGCAACGGUGGCUUUUGCACUGCCGCAAGGGAAGAAGGUGAUGGAUGCUGCGGCAACGAAUGCCAAGACUAAGGGUGCCGCGUCGGGACUCCUGGAGAAAAUCGAGACUGCAGAGAACUACCUGGACAAGUCUGGCUUGUGCUGCGUGGAUGCGGCUUUUAUGGUCAGCAUGAAAGAUGCGUUCGAUGCCGAGCAUGCCGCCCAGAUCUGCGAAUUCUUGAUAGAAUUGGCCCCGAUGAAGUCUCUGAAGGUUCUCAAGGGCGGCGAUCGCGAGAAGUGGAUGUGUGUGUGGGCGAAGGCCAAGGCUGCGGUGUUCAUGAUCGUUUUCGCAUGUGCGUCUAACGAGCUGCUUCCGUAUCUUGGGCAGCUUCGCUCCAGUAUCGAAUCGAAACAGAUGCUGAGCGAUCCUAUGCUGGAGCCAACUUGCGCUUUGUGCCACUUGGCUGACAACUGUCACGGCGAGGAUGUCAUUGUGGGUAAGGUCAAGGACCUCAGCGAGUUCGUGAAGGAGAUGAUUCGCUUGCUAUGUGACGAUGGGCCUCUGGCGGAAAAGGAUGCGAACACACUGAUAAGUUCAUGGGCAUCCAAAUCGACAGCAUUGUUCGCGUGCCUCAACGAGUGUGCAUCCAAAGCUCAUGCACAAGGCCUGGACCCGGAGAAUAAGAUGAAAGAGUGCGUAGACAAGUUGGUGGCUGAGAAGGAGAAGGUGAGCCACUCCCUGGAAGCAUCUCUCAAAAGCCACUUGCGCGACCGGUCAUUGACAAACAUUCAAGAGUGCAUGCUAAUCCUUCGGAAUGCUGUGCUUUCAGCGGGCGAGGUUCAAACUACGUCCAAGGACAAUUUCGACCAGAAAGUGGAGGCUGCAUUAUUGGUCUCAUCGGUUCUGGGGGCUGAAGGCACUGUGAUUCGGGAGGGGAUCGAUGCUGCGUGCUUGCUCCUCAAUUGCAUGGUGGCACACGCGGCGGUCGUGCACGACUAUGAUUCAGCCGAUCAGCGGAUGGCCGCAGUUGUGACCUUUCUCAAGGCCUACAAGGCUUUGCCUACUGACAACUACGCCGUUGCCUUGAAGGAAAUGAACAAGUCUUUUUCGGUCAGUUGUUUUUCGGAGAAGGAUUACGAAGACAUGAGCAACUUCGUGGAUGCGAUGAGUGCCAAAAAAGACGCCGAAUUUCAAGCUAUCGUCGCCUAUCAUCAAGGGAAGCUUGAAGCAGCCUACAUCGCCGAGGCCGACGUCGAGAUACCGGAUCACAUCGCGAAGAUUGAAAAAUACUCUGAUAUCAAAGCGAGUUCGGUCACAGCGGCAUUCAGCAUGGAUGUGACGAAGAAGUUGUCAAACAACGCUGCAGAAUUAGAGCAAGCUAUCGCGGCUGUUGAAGAGGCAGCAAACGCUAUGGGAAUCGAUGCGACUGAGAUGGUUGAACUUCACAAGUACACAGGCUCCUACAGAAGUGCGAUUCGGUGGCUUCUGACCGGCAAUGUCUUGUAUCUUCUUGUGAGCAAGGCUGUUACCCGUGCGAUGGUAGCAGGGUCAGGUGUCCACCCCAAAGCAUCAAAGGAGAUGAUGAGUUGCAUCAAGACCGCAGCUGAACAUCACAUUGAGUUGCCACAGGGCAUUCAUGCAUGCGUGACUCUGAUCUGUGGAGGGAGCACUGCAACGACACAGGCGCAGCCUUCCCACGCAGUACCAUGA